GUUCAUGCUGUAUUGUAUUCCGAUAAUUUGUGUUAUUUCUAACAGUCCUGAUGUUUAUUAAAUGUGUGUUUGUGUUUUGCCUAACCAGGUUUUAACUAACGUGGAAUCUGGUCUCAAUGUAUAUGUUAAGUGGAAAGUUCUUCUCCAAACUAAUGACAUUAUAUGAACUCGAUGUGCGUUUUAGCCAUUUUAUUUGGCUUGCGUUGGUGAUUCGUAUGUAGUCACGUGACCUAGGAGAUUUCGGAUCAAUGGCGCCAAAUGACUGUUAUAGAAAAUGUCUUACCUGCUGCUGUUUUGUAGUUUCAAACUGAAGUUACAUCAUGUAGUGAAUGAUGUGACAUUUUACACGAUGCUGUUGCCACGAUCCAAGAGUAAAUCUUCAAAGGGUUCGUGAACAUGUAGGUUGGCGAUAAAUAAUACAAAAUGUCGCUGCGUGGCACAAAACGGGCCACUGGAGUGCGUGGGGAUGAAGCGGGUUCAUCCAAAAGACGUCGGACAGAGCCCGAGGACGCACUCUGGCAGCUCCGGCCUGUCAUCGACCUUAAGAUGUCAUCCAUAUAUAACAGGAGUGCCUCAGAGGCACCCGCUGAACUUUUCAGAAAAGAUCUCAUCAGUGCAAUGAAAUUGCCUGACUCAGAGCCACUCACUUCGAGUGAGUAUUGGAUUAUAACCGAUACAUGGAAGCAGGAUUGGGAGCGAGGUGUCCAAGUGCCUGUCAAUCCCGAUUCGCUGCCAGCACCAAAAGUUAAAAUCAUUGAAAAUCCCUUACCUCCAGAUUUUCAACCAUUCAAAUUACCUAAAGACAAGUACAUACAUUUGACAAGAGAUGCACACUAUCAAGCGGACAAGCAUGUGCUCAGCUCAACACCAGCCAGGGCAGAAGCCGCUUGCAGCUAUGACUUGGAUGCCACAGAUACGGCAUGGCUCAAACUGCUGAAUGCAGAGCGUGCUAGAGCUGGGGCACCAUCCGUCUCAGAAGACCAGCUUGAAAAAGUCAUCGAAGAAUUAGAGGUUCGAACAUGGGACAAAAUUCAAGCAAUCAUAAAGUCUGAAGAGGGUCUAGGCAUCGAGUAUGACGAAAAUGUUAUUUGUGACGUUUGCCGGUCCCCAGAUUCCGAAGACGGGAAUGAAAUGGUCUUUUGUGAUUCAUGUAAUAUUUGUGUGCACCAAGCCUGCUAUGGAAUAACUGUCAUUCCAGAUGGUCAAUGGCUAUGUCGACCCUGCGGAGCUGGCGUAAGGCCUACUUGCGUGUUGUGUCCCAACCUCGGAGGAGCUAUGAAGUGCACUCCCUCAGGACACAAAUGGGCACAUGUCAGUUGUGUCUUAUGGAUACCUGAGGUAUCGAUUGGUUGUGCAGAAAAGAUGGAACCCAUUACAAAAAUAACUUCAAUACCUCCUUCACGUUGGUCUCUAGUGUGCAUACUUUGUCGUGAACGUAAAGGUGCAUGUAUACAGUGUUCAGUAAAGACUUGCAAAACUGCAUAUCACGUAACAUGUGCAUUUAAACAUGGACUAGAAAUGCGUGCAAUAAUUGAAGAUGAAAAUGCUGAUGAUGGUGUUAAACUGCGUUCAUAUUGUCAAAAACAUAGUGUCAAUUCCAAGAAAGAAAAAAGUGCUGGAUCUGGAUCUGAAGAAGAAGAAGUUAAGAGAAAACGUCGUAAAGAUAUGACGUCGGAAGAAAAGUCCCAAGCUCGUGCAGCACGGCUUUCUGAAAUUGAAGCAGAAUUUGAUCGACAUGUUAGUGUUAAAGAUAUAAGUACUCACUUACUAGACGUUGACCAAGAAGCUAUCAAUUACAUUUAUAAUUAUUGGAAGUUAAAGAGGCGUGCUGGUCACAAUCGUCCUUUACUACCACCUAAAUCAGAUGAUAAUGAGCUUCUGACUCAUAGACAAGAGCAGGCUGAUCUUGACAAAAUGAAGAUGUUUGUACAGUUAAGGCAAGAUCUUGAAAGAGUUCGUAACCUAUGUUACAUGGUGAGUAGAAGAGAGAAAUUAUCUCGUUCUUUCUUCCGUAUGAGAGAGCAGACAUUUCAUAAACAAGUUGCAGUACUUUCUUGUGAUACAACUAUAUCUGGCCUGGAUCUAGAUGCAAUCAUUGAAGCCAAUCAUGGGCCUUCAAUAUACGACAGACUUUAUUCCCAUCCAGAUGCCCCUGACCAUAAAAAUGACUUUGAUGACUUAUUAGCUCGAAUAGCGCCCCAAGAAUCCAGUGACGAGAAAAAGAAAGAUCGAAAUGGUCUUGUACGUGGCUGUAGAUCAGCAAAUCCAUAUAAAAAGCAUUAUGUGAAUGGUUCACGAAGGAGUGGUAGCAUGUACAGUGGACUUUCAAGUGAAGAAAGUGGUGCCGAUAUAAGUCGCAAUUCGAAAUAUCGCGGGCGAACUAUCGGCUCUAGCACUGAUGAUGAUGUUAAGAAAACCUCAACAUCUCCAAAGAAGAAAGUUUCUCCAAAAAGUAGAGCUAAAAAGUCUCCUACUAAGAUUGAUAGGAAGAAGAAGAAAGUUCCUCAAUCUAAAGCACUUGUUGAAAGUAGUAGUGAGGAAGAAGCUUUUAAGCAAAGAACAAAGAAAGAUCGUACACGUAGUAAAACACUGCAGCAAAUGGAAAAGGAAAUGGCUGCAGGUAAGACUGGCCAGUCUGGAACUGACAGUGAUGAUUUGAUUCCAAUGAGAUCCACAAGAAAUAAUAAAUUCACGGUUGAUAUUUACUCUGACAGCAGUGAAACUUCUGAUAAAGUUGAGAAUGAUAAAACUAAAUUGGAUAGAACUAAGACUGAGAAAUCAAAAAUAGAAAAAUCCCCCCAUGAGAAUGAUUCACAACAGUCAUUGCCAAGAACAAAAGCAGCAAUGAAAGAAUUUAUACCUACACAGCCCGAAAAGAAAACACCUGUUAUAGAAGAAAAACCUGCUCCAAAGAAAAGGGGAAGGAAACCUUCGAAUAAAGAGAAAAAGCCACCCCCUAACAAACCAAAAGAAAUAGAUGAAGUGGCUAAAAAUAAAGAAAACAUUAAAUUUUCUAAGAAAAAAGAUCCAACAGAUUUAAUUGUUCCUCAAAGGCAAGCUGCUAAGAAAGCGUCGGAAAAUAUGAGAUCUACAACUACAACUAAAAAGGACGAACCAGAAAAACAAGUGAGUAGUGAUGAUGCCAAAAAUAAGCCUAAAAUAAAGGGUAAAGGAAAGGAGAUAAAAGAAAGUCCUGAAAAGAAGAAGAAAAUUUCAAAGGAUGUUGAAAAAGAACCAAUCGCAUAUGUGCCGCAAAGACAAGCAGCGAAAAAGGCGGCCGCCCAUAUUAAAAGUGGAUUAGGUUCUAAAAUUCCUGUUGGUGAAUCCACGGACGCAGAUAAAAAGAAAGAAAUCGAAAAGCCUGAUACAUUAAAGACAUCUCCGAAAAAAGAGGACAUUAAAAGAAAGUCACCACAAAAGGAAUCUUCCAGUUCAUCAUCUAAUACAAGUAGCAGUAGCUAUUCAUCAUCGUCAAGUUCUGAAGAUGAACAAGAGAAACCUAGUAUGAAACCAACAGCUAAAGCUCGUGAGAUAAAACCAGCUCAAAGGCCUCCAUCCAUGUUUUCUCCACCUGGCUCUAGACCUACAGUGGACUUGCCCUUUCUUGACAAGGUGUCAAGACCAUUGUCUUCAACUAGUGCCUCAAGUGAUUCUGACAGUUCAAAAGGAUCUAGAUCCGGAUCUGGAAGUCCUUCUCCAAAGCGUCCCCGUAGACGCCGAAAGGGCAAAAGCCUCUCAACUGAUGCUUCCCCACGCAAGGCCCCAGACAAGAAGCUUAAAACUUCCGAACGGGCGCCCGAGCCUGGGGUAUCAUCAUCGUCUAUUGAAGGAGAGGAAUCAACCCGAUCCAACGAUACGCGUGCUACCACACGUGCUCGGACCAGAAGCACUACUUCAAGCGGAAAUAUGCUUAAUAAGUCUGAUACCCGACAGAGAAAACCGUCUAAAGACGAGUCCGCAAGCACCACUUCACAAAUUAAGACCACUAAAGAGAGCAGCAAGUCCGCUGAAUUUACAGUUGCGAAACGGAAAGCGGACGAGGAGGUAAAUAAUGAACCAAAGAAGGAAGUUAUAGAUUUAGAAACAACCAAAAUUGAGGAAAAGUCCAAUACAAAAUCCUUAACAAGUAAAGGACGCAGUAAGUCCAUCGAGGACAAAGAAAAGACAAGGGGUAAGGAUAUAGAAAACAAUUCAACUACAAAGACUAGUCCGAGAAAGAGUACUGAAACAAAACAGAAAGUACUUUCUAACAGAAGAAUGAGUACUAGGGAGACAGCUGAAAAGAAAACAUUGUCUUCCCCGAAAGAUGCCCGUGUCCCCUCAUCUGCACCCGUGCCUAUAAAAGAAAGACGUCAAAGUAGACGAGAUUCCCAAAUAGUUGAGACCAAAAUUUUAUCACCAACUGUCAAAGUCGCUUCUACAGCUGAUAAGGAUUUUACUGCUCCUGUAGAUAUUCUAGAUGAUAGGAUACAGCCUGGAAUUACUGAAGAUUUUAAUGACACUGACAAAAACUGGCUAGCUAAAGCUUCCAGUCCUAAACUUCAACCACCUCCUGUUGAAAAACCUGGAGAUCACGAAAAGUAUAUGACAGAAGAUAAAUGUCUGGAUUCGGAUUUCGCUGAUAAGAGUAGUUUGAAAAUGAUUGCAAAAAUUCAAGCUAAUCUCAAUGAAAAUACCAUGAUUAAGUCACCUAAAACACCUAUGGAUGCUAGAACUAUGGAUCCAAUGGAUGUGGACAGUUCAAUUGCCCGAAACAUAAGAAAACGUUCCAUAAUUGAUCCUGACAAGAAAUUCAUAACUCAGGACGCUAGUAAUGUUCAAGCUGUUGAGAUUUCUAAAAGCGCUAAAAUUCCAUCAACUGUUAAUCCAUUUCAAAACCGACCUAUGUUUUCACCACAAUCAAAAGAUAACGAAUUGUUUGAAUUUGAUAUGUUGUCAGUUGAGGAUAGUUUUAACCACGAUGAAAUUUUGAAACCGUUCGCGCCUUAUCCCGAACUCUUAUUUAAAGAAGAUUCUAAGGAACAAGGCGUUCAAGAAACCUUUAAUCUUGUGGACAGAUUGAGAGUCCAAUUAAUUAAUAAGAAAGCUCCAGCUGACAUUCCAGCUACUGAUGAAAUAAACAUUCAUGCUGAUAAAACAUCUUUAGAUAAUGAAAGGAUUGGUCCUCAGAGCGACCAUGAUCUGGAAGACAAAAAGAAUUUUGAACCAGAGCCAAUAAAAGAUACUCAAAUGCUACCUAAACAAGACGAUACUGUAAGAUCUAUAAACGAGUCUACUAACUUGAUGCAACAUGACACUGCAGUUGAAGCUAAAGAAAAAAUGAAACUAUCACAGGAUCAGAGUGGUAAAUGGGUCGAAAUAUCUGGUCAACCAACUGCACAUGAAUCGCAUAUUGAAAAUAUUAAUGAGGACAAGUAUGAUACAGUAUCAUAUACUGAAGAUGUAAAAGAACCCAAAACGGUGCUCUCUAUGAAUUCGGUAUCAGAAAUCGGAGACUCUAUUUCAUUAUCUAAACAAAGUGACGAUUCUCAAUCUUUAUCAGUCGUUGAUAAUUCUAUUAUAAGCAAUGAACAAGAUCUUACUCAAGACAACCAAACCUAUGACAAUAACAAUUCAGUAAUCCAUUCAGACUGUGCAACAAUAUCAUCUCCUUACGUAAGCAGCGACUCUAAAUGGAGGGAAAGUAAAAUAACGACUCGCCGUUCAUCAGCUUCUAGUACAAAUUCAGAUGUAUCUCUAUGUUCACAAAAAACAGAAACCAAGUCUCAUAUCGAGACAGAGACACGUCGAGGGCCAAUAUUGCCAGAAAUCGACCCCUAUCCACCGAUGCCUGCGUAUUCAUGUCGCGUGGAACCACCAAUGUCCUUGAACCAAUACACAAGCUGUCCUCCGGACGCAUCUCCAUUCUUGAAUCCAAUAAGCUCAUUGCCCUUUUUUGCACCCGGUGCUUGUGCGUCAUCUCAGUUGCCAUUACCAUCUCCAGGUCCAAGUAUUUAUGGCACUGGCCUACCUUUUACUACCCCUCUUAUGCAGCCACUGCCUAAACCAUCUUUUCCAUUAUGUGCUGCAGCUUUUACGUCUUCGUCCCAAAACAUUGCUCUAACUACGGCUAUGAUAGCUUCGCCGACUCCGAAAAUGAUGGAUUCGCCAAGGGAUGAUAUUGAUGUUACUGGAAGCGAUAAGAUGUCAAUUCAUGUGGUAUCAAGUCCCAGCAUCGAUUCUUUCAAUGAUUCGAGUAAUACAAGAGCUCCAACAAAAAUGUCAAGUGAUAGUAGCGAGGGUGUAAUGAUAAUUCAAUCACAAGAUUCGAAAUCACCUGCCAAAAUUUCAAAACCAGUUACUAAGUUCCCAGGAAAAUCGCCUGGUAAAAGUCCUGGCAUUUCACCAAAACAGUCUGAACCUCCAAAAGGUACCAAGCGGUCAAAUAAUAGAAGUAAUAGAAGUCAAAGAGGCCGUGGUCGGUCUAAGAGCAGAGGACAAGCAAUGCACAACUAUUCUAAUGUCGAUUAUAUGGGUAAUUCAAUUGCAAGUAAAUUAGUAGGAACAGUUUAUGACUUUGAUGAAGAAAUAGCUAAUGAUGGUGUUGGCAUUAAAGCUCUCAGAGAAAGACGGAAAUCUGUUGAUAUCAAAGACGACCGAAAAUCAGAAAAUUCAUAUAAGGAUUCAUCACAAUCGCCACGUACCACAAGUCCUCUACCUGUUAACAAGCGAUCAACAGCUGAACUAAAGCAAGAGAAAUCAAAUAGUCCCGAGAACUUGGACUCGUCGGAGCCUACACCAAAUAAGAAUAAUUCUGGUGCUGGGCUUCAGCCAGUAUUACCAGGGCCAGUUGAUAUGAGAACUUACAAUCCUUUCGAUAACCCUGCCCCAGUUACAAAUGACGCAUACAAUAGCCACUUACUAGCUUUCGCUAGUGGAACCGCUGAUCAACAACUUAUAGACAUAGAUGAAGAUGCAGAAAAACAACUGCAUAGUGCCCUUAUGGCUAGCAACCCAAGACCGGGCUCUCCGACGGCCCACGGAAAACAAGAAACUAUCGAGCCCGCUAAAGAGAUAUUUACACCGCAACUACCUAAAGUUUCUUUGAGUGAUUCCCGUAAUCAGUUGAAGGUGAAGAUAAAAGGCCCAUUUUUGGAUGCAAAUUACUCAACGAGCUCCGUUCAACCUGUGGUCCCGCAGCCGCCGGCACCUAUUCAUGAGCCGUCUACGAAUAUAUUAAAUGCCUCAUGCAGCUCCGCCAAUACUAUGAUGUCUGGGUCGACCAAUUUGCGGCGUAUGCGUAAAAAAGAGUUGCUACGUCAAUAUUGGACUCAAGAUAUGAAUAUGGACGACCCAGGUAACACCUCAACCGUAGGAAGUAUACCGCCGCCCGCCGCACCGCAGCCUCUAGCGCGCGCCGUUAUAACUAUACCUAAAGCUGUGGCGUCUAUGACCAGCAUACCAACAAGAGAAGACUAUAAAGUUUGUGACACACCCAUUGAAAAGAAAAAGCGGAAGACCACGAGCGGUUUGUCUCGUGAGCUCCGGCACUUGGAAGUCAGAAUGAAUGAUGAAGUAGAUCCGGCCGAAGAACCAAAGUUACCGACUUUCGCCGCCAGCUCGAACCAAGCACACAAACGCCGCGGCCGCGUCAACACAAAACCCAGUCGUUCCAGUGCCACGUCGCCCGUUGCACCGAAGUUAAAAAUAAAGUUCGGUUCGAACGUGUUCCCGUCCGUCAACGAGGACACUACAACGUGCUCAACUAAAAAGUCGCAGUUCCGACCCCCUAAGAAACGUCUCCAAACGGUGCCCGCGCCACGUUUCGACGUGAUAAAGCGCGAAAGUAUGAAGUUCAGGAAAAUGGUUAUGGCAGACUUCGAGGACGAGGAGGAGUCAGGAAAUGAGGCCGGCAAGAAGACUAGCAAGCACAAGCCCGACAAGAGCGAAAAGAAGAAAAAGAAAAAAGAUAAAAAGACUGAAAAAGAGAAACUUCAAGUGAUAAAUAGUGAAAGUGAAAGUGCCACUAGGUUGGUGAUUAAGAUAAAGCGUACUAAAGACGAGGACGGUAAAGAGGAGUCGGGCGAGGGUGCGGCCGCAAUCGAUCCCUUCGAUUACGACCCCACCGCGCGCGACCCGCUGGCUAUAGACCCUCCCUUUAGCUCCGACAACUCGUCUCUGCGCAAGGUCCGGACUGAUAAAGUGACUCCUAUACGUUUAAAACUCGCGCGAAGUGCGCAAGGUUCCGGGUACGUAAUGAAGGAGGCCGAGACGGGGAGUGUACCAGUGGAAGGGACUUCCGCGGACGUGACCGCCGCCUCCACCCCGUCCGCCUCCGCCGUGCCUCUCGCCGUCAAUAAACACUGUGAAGUGAGGUGAUACAAACCACGUUCUAGGAGGUAAAUUGGACGAUGCUAUAAAUCUCUAAUGUACAGUAAUUAAUUUAAUGAUAUUUGUAAAUAUAGAAUAAAAUGUAAUAACAAUAAUUCCCCAUUAGUAAUAAUUUACUUUAUCAUAUUAUUUAUUUGUAUAAAUGGAAAGCUCAAUGAUUAACUUAAAGUUAUUAGAGGUGUAUUUAAGUUUGUGCAUUAAAUUUUUGUGCACGAAUAAAUAUUAAUAUAACAUAAAAUUUUAUAUUUUUGUUAAUGUUGCUGUGUUACUUUGUGCCUCACAUGGAAUCUCAUUAUUUACAUUUAAAUAUGGUUGAUAUUAGGGAAAUUAUUUUUAAAACAUGUAUCACAGUGGACAUCACAGGUUGGUAGCGUAUUGGUACACACAGAAAUAACAAACAGUUACACCUUGAGAUUUAGAUUAAAAGACAAGUAUGUCUAUGAAUAUUAUAAUAUUAUGUAACAUGAAUUUUUCAAUUAAGUUUGAUGUCUACAAAAAACCAAGUGGUUUCUUUUAACAUACUAUGGUUUUUACUUAGACGUGCCAUGUAUAU